AUGACUAUUUACUCAUUUUGGAUAUUUGAUAAGCACUGUAAUUGUAUUUUCAAUCGAGAAUGGACUCUAAGCUCAAAUACAAAUUCUGGUAUAAUUAAUGCUAAACAAAAUGAAGAAACAAGUAAAUUAUUAUAUGGUGUCAUAUUUUCAUUAAGAUCGGUAACGAGACAAUUAUCAUCAGAUUCUAAACAAAGUGAUAUUAAAAGUAUUUCCACAGGUAAAUAUAGAAUUCAUAUAUAUUGUACCGCAACUGGUUUAUGGUUUAUUUUAUUAUCAGAUUUCAAACAACAAUAUUAUACCCAAGUUUUGCAACAUAUUUAUGGUCAUAUAUACGUUAAAUAUAUUACUCAUAAUUUACUAAUACCAAGCGAUCUGGCUGAAAAUGAAAAUGAGAAAAGAGGUCAGGGGGUUAAAAGGAUAACUAAUAAGAAUUUUAUAAAGUCAUUAGAAACAUUUCUUGCUCCAAUGAUUAGUUAG